AUGGCCCAGUUUAACCUGUCUACAGUCUGCCUGCUACUGGUCUUGGCUGUCAGUCUCUUCACUCUACAAGCAGAGUCAGCCUGUUGCACUAAAUACUCAAGAGCUGAACUUCCAAAGAACCUCAUUAAGGGAUUCUCAGUCCAGAACAUUGGUGGAAAAUGCAACAUCAAUGCAGUUGUUUUCCACACACUAGGAGGCAGAAAGGUGUGUGCUGACCCUGCAAAACCCUGGGUGAUGGACAUGAUCCAGGAGCUGAGAACCGCAAAGAUGGCCCAGUUUAACCUGUCUACAGUCUGCCUGCUGCUGGUCUUGACUGUCAGUCUCUUCACUCUACAAGCAGAGUCAGCCUGUUGCACUAAAUACUCAAGAGCUGAACUUUCAAAGAACCUCAUUAAGGGAUUCUCAAUCCAGACCAUUGGUGGAAGAUGCAACAUCAAUGCAGUUGUUUUCCACACACUAGGAGGUAGAAAGGUGUGUGCUGACCCUGCAAAAUCCUGGGUGAUGGACAUGAUCCAGGAGCUGAGAUCCACAGUACAAAAAAUGUCAAGCCCAAACAGCCAAACCCAGAGCUCCAGCUCACAGGCAGUAGUUCUCCUGUGCCUGCCCACCCCGCCACUCACCAACCCCCUGAAAUGGGGACUCGCGCUCGGAGGGCCGCCCUGA